ACGCGCGUGUGCGGCGCCGGAUUGCUCCUUCCCUUCCUCCUCGUUAACGAGCCUGCAUUAGCAUGGCCCCUCUGCCGUAUUCCCUAAGUCCACAUGUAUGCGUCCUCUCCUCGCCCGACCUUGAAUCCGUGCUCGCUUCAGCGUCAUUGCCACCACUGCCGCAGGUACUGCAGUCAUUCUCACCCCUACCCAACGUGACGACUAGGACGACAUCUCUCACUUCAGUAACCCAUUCCUCCUUCACUAUACGCUUCUCCGACUUGGUGGAGAUAGAAGCCGGCUGCAAGGAGGACGAGGAAGUGAGGGCGUCGCGCACUCUGGACUGGAUUGGCGCCCGGAUAGCCAAGCGAAGUGCCAGAUGGGUCGAGGAUACAGAGAGAGUGCAGGCUGGCGAGAAAGUUGGCCGGACGCCAUGGUGGGACGAACUGCGGAGGUGCGUGGAAGGGGACCAUGUACCGUCCAGGAUAGAGGGAUGGAAUCACCCUAUUGCUGUCAUACUGGCGGUGUCCACUACGGCGCCCAAUCCAUUACAGGCUGUUACGGCCCUUCACUCCAGGCAACUCGAGCUACCCCCUUGGGUUGACUCAACCUAUCUGAAAUACACGCUUAUAGUGCACCCGGAGAAUUCCCCUCUGUCCGAUGAAGAGGCAGGAGCUCUCUUCAAUGCUGUAAAGAAGCAAUACGGACUCCAUGCCCACCUCCUACCUCUCUCCUUACCCUCACCUCCACCGCCAGCCAUCCCAGUACCUGCCCCGCUGCCCCGACUACCACCCCCGCCGUCCCCCGAAUCACUUUUGUCGCCACCACCUCCACCAGCAAUGUUCAGCGCCCCUCCUACGCCGACUCCCGGUGCCAUGGGAAGUAGCUUGAGCACGCAGAUGAUGAGCUUCGCAUCCUCCAUCGACGGCCCUGCCUCCGCUGAAGAGGAGAGAACAGGAAAGUCAUCUGGCAACUCACUGAGAAUGCACGAGAAAGAUAUCCAAAUGACUGCGCGGUUCGUCCGGGAGUUCUUGCUCAUGAGCGUAGUGCCCUUCAUGGAGAAGUGUGCCAUUGAGUGGAACGAGACUUAUUCAUCCACCCGACGCCUGCCAUCGCGCCUCUUUUCUUCCACUCGCCGACUUUUCGGAUCUUCGACCCCGUCAUCAUACACGCCAGGCCAUGCUUCCACGCCCUCCACCUCAUCUGUGACCUCCCGUACGUCCAUAAGCUCAGUCACGAGUGGUGCCAAUGGGAGCCAGGCCGGAGGACCCCCGCCAAUGCACAGGAGAUUGGCCGAAUUCGCCACCAUCCUCGGGGACAUCAAGCUAGCAAUCAGUGUCUGGGAGAGUCUACGGAAGGAAGGAAAAGGAGGAUCGGACAUUCUUCCACUCCUUUUAGCGCCAUCGCCAGCCUUAGCUCUUCAUGCUUCACACGCCCUUAAUACGCUACAUCUGCCCUCCCCAGAUCCUCCUGCUCAUGCCCAGUUCCAUGCUCUGACAUACGCUGUGCGAUGGACUAUUGGCAUCAAUCCGCAAGAUUUUCUGUCGAAUACUCUUGAGGGAGAGCGAUGGCUCGUCUCCACCGCAGGCUCUGCGGAAGAACCACACGCUGCCUUGCUUUUGGGUCAUGCAGCACUCUUGAGUACGAUGAAACGGGCGAAGCGAAGAGCUGCGCUUUGGUACCUAUUUGCGGCUAAUAGACUCGAAAAGUGUGGCGUGAGACCACUCACGAUGUACUUCCUCCGGAAAGCGCACGCGCUCUACACAGCAGGCCCCGAGAAGAGCCUGUCUCCGUCUCUUUGGGAUAGUGAAGAUCGGAGUCCGACGGACUGGGUAGGCUUUCCUGACGUUAAGGCCGGGAUCGAACAUGCCCUUGGUCGACUGCUCUAUACCACGGGCAAUAUUGAAGGGGCUAUCGAUUAUUUCUUGGGAUUGCUCAGAAGGCCAUCCACUUGCUUCAUCUCCCGCCAACCCCCGGUAAUGACCAACGGUAAAGCAGCUGAGUCUGGCGUAGACCCUUCUGCUACAGACCGAAUUUAUCUAGAGGAUUUCCGAGUGGCUUUUAAGCAUUUCUUAGCUACUGGUGGCGAUGAUACUAGAAUUGCUGGAUGGAAAUUACCCAUUAAAUUCUGCAAUCCUAAGCAGACCAAGAUCCGCCUGCCUAAUCAAGGUGUUAAUGGACUUGACAACGUCUGGGCAGAUCGAGAAACAAAGUGGGAGACUUUCUGGAAGAGUAAAGGUGGUAGAAAUCGAUUAGAGGCGAGCGGCAAAGCAGCUGUGAACGAGACGUUUUGGGUCGAUAUUGAAGUCCAAAAUCCUCUGGACGUGGAAGUAAAUCUGUCGGAUGUGACAGUGGUUGCUCAGGAACGUGUCUCGGCAGAGCUAGAGUCCCCUGUAGACAUCUUAGAGGCCGAGGUCAUCGACGAUAUCGUCCUUGCAGCCAACGAAACUCGCUCAAUCCCUCUGGCCGUGAAAGUGAACCGCCCUGCUUCGCUCGUCAUUUCUGACGUCCGAUACAAGUUCCUCUCGCUCCUCCCUGUCAUGGACUCGUUGGCGUGUCGGGGUCGCCGACUGCACGAGACAGCGCUACAGCGACAGAGCAAAACCUAUGCUCCUAAUGCCUUCGUGACGGUCGACGUUGAGGAUGCCGAUCAGAGGCUACAAGGAAACUUCGUUGAGGAUGGACGACUUGAAAUGGCGCAUGGAGAGUGCAAGCGCAUGAAGCUAUGGUUUUCGAAUGCCGGGACUCGACCGAUUGGAGAACUGUGGAUGAUAUCUGGUGACGAAGAUGAGCUGUGGGUGGAGACCCCAAAUGACGCCGGAUCGUCCUCCAAGCGGCCUGUCACGUCCGAGGUGAUUUCGUCUAACAAUUCUCUUCUUGCUGCGGAGCCCUUCCGCGUACCACUGGAAUCCCUGACAAAUUCGUCAAGCAUACCACCAGGAGGAAACGUUGAACUGACCGUCAUCUUCCAUGCUGAGAAGGCUGCGAAUGAUGAGUUGUGUCUGCUCUUCGUUUUCCGAGAGGGGAAUGAUCAACCUUUCCACUCUGCUCGCGUCUCACGACAAUAUGAGGUUAAUCCAUGUCUCAGAGCGACGGCGACCUCGCGCCCCAGCCGCUCACCUGAUCAUCUUUACUUGAUCAAUGUCGAGAUUGAAAACGUCUCUUCCUGCGGGGAUCUUCACUUGAGGCAGCUCACGACGCUGAGCCCUACAUGGAAAUGCUCCCCAAUCGCAACCGAGCAGACUCUUGGCUGUCUCCCCGUCAACCAGACAGCAAGAUUCUACUUCGAUGCCGACCGGUGGGAGGAGGGUAGCGCAGAGCAGACGUUACAAUUCGUGCACAAGAAGCUCGGCGAUAUUUUGCACAGCCGAAGCAUAGACCCGAGUAGUCCGCCCUCUAUCCAAUUAUUCUGCAGGCAUCUGUCUGAUGGUCACGCACACUCGGUGGAGGAUACUCCUACACGUCACUUCGUCCACACUUCCCGACGCAAAUUUAUCAGCCGUGCAGUAGCGACGGAACACCCAUAUAUUCCACCAGCUUCGCAUCCUUACGUAUUCCCCUUAUACAACCCUGCUGCUCUGGACGUUGUCAUCUUCUGGGAGAUCCCAUCCCAAGAAAGGUCUGGAUACAUAUCAGUAUCUGGGUUGCUGCUCGGUGCUGGCCACGCUGCCCUGAAGGAGCUCAUUGAAGAAGCGCAGAACGCGAAGGUCAAGCGGAGUAUGUACGCGGAGACCCAGCGUGAGCGGGAAGGAAUAUUGGAAGCCAUCCGGACUAGUGAAUGGAACGCCGAGAUGAAUCCUAUCGUUGUGCGGGUGCAGGAUGGACUCCGCGUAGAGCAUGACUUCGCCAAGGGUGGACGCCUGGCGCCCAUUACGUUCGUUCUGCGAAAUUAUUCACUGACACAUCCCGCAAGAUUCACUCUUCGGUUGGGACAUGAGAAAAGGUCUUCUUAUCCUUCGAAUUUGCUCCCUGCUCAGUACUCUGGACGCUUGUCACAUCGAGGGAGGUUGGAACCUUCUCAGCAAAUCGAGGUCCAAGCGAAGAUGUGGAUAACACGCCCAGGUGCAUAUGCUUUGAUUGGGUGGCAGGCAGAGACGCAGGUCGAAGAGAUUCCACUCACAGGACAGGAGGCACCUGAGGCUCACUCCAGACGGAUUCGACACCGUUAUAUCCAAGGCCCACCGCUGGCCGAUAGGUCUUGCAUUGUUGUAUCUAAUGUACAGUCUGGAUAAUGUGUACAGUACCGAUUACGGGGAACAUUCUACAUGAAUAGCAGAUCCAAGAGGUUGCUUUACAAGG